GCCAUGGCGGGUGGCGUGGGGCUGGGUGCCGCGGCGCGGAUGCCGCUGCUGGGGCUGGGCACAUGGAAGUCGCCCCCGGGGAAGGUGGCGGCCGCGGUGAUGGCCGCCAUCGACGCCGGCUACCGGCACUUGGACUGCGCCUACGUGUACCAGAACGAGCGCGAGGUGGGCGAGGGGAUGCGGCGGAAGAUGGCGGAGGGCGCCGUGGCGCGGCCGGACCUCUUCGUGGUCAGCAAGCUCUGGUGCACGUUCCAUGAGAAGCCUCUGGUGAAGGCAGCCUGCCAGAAGACGCUUGCUGCCCUGAAACUGGAUUACCUGGAUCUCUACCUCAUGCACUGGCCCAUGGGCUUGAAGACAGGAGAUCAGCUGUUUCCUAUGGAUGGUAAAGGCAUGGCUAUACCCAGCGACACUGAUAUUCUGGAUACAUGGGAGGCCAUGGAAGAGCUGGUGGAUGCUGGUCUGGUCAAAGCCAUUGGAAUCUCCAAUUUCAACCGUGAGCAGAUUGAGAGACUCUUGAACAAGCCAGGACUGAAACACAAGCCUGUAAAUAACCAGAUUGAAUGCCAUCCAUACCUUACCCAGGAGAAGCUGAUCAACUAUUGCCAAUCCAAAGGGAUUGCUGUGACAGCAUACUGUCCCCUUGGGCGCCCUGACAGAACUGAAGGCUCCUCUGACGUACUUCUCGAUGACCCCAAGAUUAAAGAGAUUGCAGCCAAGCACAGCAAAACCCCAGCCCAGGUUCUCCUUCGAUUUCAGAUCCAGAGAAAUGUGGCUGUAAUUCCCAAAUCUGUCACACCAGAGCGUAUUGUGGAGAACUCCAAGGUGUUUGACUUUGAACUGACUGAAGAGGAGAUGGCAGCCAUUUUCGGCUUGAACAGAAACUGGAGAAUCUGUGAAAUGGUCAUGUGCAAAACUCACAAGGAAUACCCAUUCAAUGCGGAAUACUGAGGACAGCUUUAUCCUGAUCUUCCCCAGACCUCUGGGAUCUAACGAGCUUCUACUGUGGCCUAGAGCUGUUCACUUCACAGCUUGCCUGCUAUAUCAAUCCUGCUGCUGCUAGCAAAGACACAGCACAUGUACCUAGUGCCUGUCUGUCUGUCGUCUUUGG